AUGAAAGGUGGGUAUGUCCGUGGUGGACACUCAAAAUUCAAUGAAUUAAAACAGAAACAAACGAUGAAGCUUAAGAGGAUAGGAAGACAAAUGAUGGAGCUUAAGAGCAUAGGAAGACAAGGGAAGAAAGUAAGAAGGGCCGGAGAAGAGAAGGGAUUCACUGGAAGUCUGUCUCUAGUAGCACGACAGGAAGACUGGACGCUAGAGGAGACAGAGAGACAAGUAGUCUCGGCACCGGCAAUCCGAAACUUUAGUGAAGCAGUUAAGGGAGGUUUAAAGCCGUUUUAUUCACGAGAAGAUUUAGACUUUGUGCUAACAGGAGGUCCUUGGAGAAUUUUUUAUCACUAUCUAGCCAUUAGUCCAUGGAAACCAAACUUCAACCCAGUUGAAGCCGCAGUAGAUACUAUUGCAGCAUGGGUGCAACUACCCGAUCUGGCGAUUGAAUAUUAUGAUGAAGAAAUGCUCAAGAAGAUUGAAAAUGUGAUUGGUCAGAUUAUGAAAGUGGACGUGAAUACAGCAGAUAAAAGAAGGAAAAAAUUUGUGAGACUAUGUGUGCAACUGGAUCUCACGGCUCCUCUAGUGGUGCAAUACUCAAUUAAUGGAGUGAAGUAUGAAGUGGAAUAUGAAAGGUUAUACAACAUCUGCUUUUCCUGUGAUAUGGUGGAACAUGAGAAAAAUAAUUAA